AUGGAAUUCGAUUUUGUUUUAAAAGAUUUAGUUGUUCCAAUUUCUUUAAUGAUUAUUUUUGUACUUUACAAGUUUAGCAAUACAGUGAAAUAUUUCAUCAAAUUGAUAAUUUUUAACGUUAGCUUUGUAGUACUACCAUUUUUUUUAAUUCCAUACUUCUUAAUACGUCCUAGAAAUGUUAAUAAUUUAUUAACUAUAGCUAAUAUAGCAAAGCACGUAACAAAAGUUCUGGGGAUCAAGUGGAUUUUAAGAGGCGAAGAACAUUUGAGUAAAAAUAAAUCAUUUAUAAUUGUUGCUAAUCAUCAAAGCUUUCUCGAUGUCUUAGGCAUAACAUACAUAUGGAACGUUAUCAAACUUUUAACUGCAGUUUCCAAAAAAGAGUCGAUCUUUAUUUUUCCCGCUAUGUACCUAGCAGGAUUAGUUUUCAUUAACAGAAACAGUUUUCAAGGAAGAGAUGAAUUGAAUAAAGCUAUGAAAAUGCUGAAGAAAGACAAUGUUAAAUUAUUAAUUUUCCCAGAAGGAACACGAAGAAAUUCCAACAGAAUUCAUGAGUUUAAGAAAGGAGCAUUCUACACAGCAAUUCAUAAUCAAGUUCCAAUUGUUCCAUUGGUUUUUUGUUCCUACUUGCACUUUAUGGAUCAUGAAAAAAAAAUAUUUGGUGAAGGUAAAAUGAUUAUUAAUGCUCUUCCAGAAAUAUCAACGACUGGAGUUAAAGUCAAAGAUAUUGAUGAUUUUAUGGAAAGGAUCAGGCAACAAAUGAUAAAAGUUUAUGAAGAAACAUCUGCAGAAGUUGCGGAAAGUUCAAAUUUAAAUUAA